CUUAGCUAGAUUAGUGAAACUGACACUUGAGUAUUUGAUAUCACAACUUAUUUUUUCUUCCCUUUGUAUUCGCAGAACCAAAAAAAUUGCUUCAAAGCCUGAGAUUGAGCUCGGUUUUAAGUUUAUUUAUAUGCAUUGUGCCUAGGAAAUUCUCUCUGUUUUCAUUUUCCUCCUGCAUGAGCCUCAGCCAUGGAGAUUUCGCCAAUCACAACAACCGUCUACUUAGCUUGCUCAGCGUCUGCAGAAAAUCUCCUUCCUUUGCAAGGACCAAAGCUCUUCACGCACUCUCCAUCACUUUAUGCUAUACUCUUCAGCAGCCCAUUUAUAUCUGCAACAAUAUCAUAUACCUUUAUUCGGAGCUUGGCCAGGUUCCCUGUGCAGCCAAGGUGUUCGAUAAAAUGCCUGACAGAAACACGGCAUCGUUCAACACGAUCAUUAGUGGGUAUAGCAAAUGCGGGUAUGCGGAGAAAGCCUGGGGUGUAUUCUCUGAGAUGAGGCAUUUUGGAUAUUCGCCGAAUCAGGUAACUGUUGGUGGUUUGUUGUCAUGUGCGUCGUUGGAUAUUCGUGCCGGAACUCAGUUGCACGGUUUGAGCUUGAAGUAUGGCUUGUUUCUAGCUGAUGCAUUUGUCGGUACUCAUUUGUUGUGUUUGUAUGGGAGGCUUGAGUUAUUGGAAAUGGCAGAACAUGUUUUUGAAGAUAUGCCAUUCAAGAGCUUAGUAACAUGGAACCAUAUGAUGUCUUUGUUGGGGCGUCGUGGGUUUCUCAAAGAAUGCAUUUUUCUCUUCCGUGAGCUUGUUAGGACGGGGGUAUGUUUAUCUGAAGGCUCUUUCUUGGGUGUAUUGUCUGGUGUAUCUUGUGGAAAUGACUUGGAAAAUAGCAAACAAUUGCAUUGCUCAGCAAUGAAAAAAGGGUUAGACUGUGAAAUUUCCAUCGUUAACUCUCUUAUCAGCGCAUAUGGGAGAUGUGGCAACACACUUAUGGCUGAGAGAAUGUUUGCGGAGACAAGUUCCCGGGAUAUAGUGUCAUGGAACGCCAUUAUUGGUGCAACAGCCAAAAGUGAGAACCCGUUAAAUGCACUCAAACUCUUUCUAAAUAUGCUAGAGCAUGAAUUUUCUCCGAACCAAGGUACAUUCGUUAGUGUUCUUAGCGCCUCUUCUCAUACACAGAUGUUGAGUUUCGGACGCCAGAUUCAUGGCACAUUAAUCAAGAACGGCUGCGAAACUGACAUAUUUUUGGGGAAUGCAUUGACCGACUUUUAUGCUAAAUGUGGUAGUCUGGAAGAUUGCCGGCUAUGCUUUGAUUCCAUACGUGAUAAGAACAUUGUUUGUUGGAAUGCACUGCUUUGGGCUUUUGCCAAUAAAGAUGGUCCCAUUUGUCUCUCUUUGUUUCUUCAAAUGCUUCAAAUGGGUUUCAGGCCAACUGAAUAUACUCUUUCGACAGCCCUCAAAUCAUGUGGUGUCAUAGAGUUACAACAGCUGCACUCUGUUAUUUUGAGAAUGGGCUAUGAAGAUAAUGACUAUGUGUUAAGCUCUCUUAUGAAAUCCUAUGCCAAGAAUCAAUUGAUGAGUGAUGCUCUUCUUCUGCUGGAUUUGUCUAGCAGGCCAUCUUCUGUCGUCUCAUCGAACAUUGUCGCCGGAAUAUAUAGUAGAACAGGCCAGUACCAUGAAUCGGUGAAGCUUAUUUCGACACUAGAACAACCCGACACUGUAUCUUGGAACAUUGCAAUUGCGGCUUGCUCUCGUUCUGAUAACCACGGAGAGGUUAUUGAACUUUUCAAACACAUGCUUCAAUCAAACAUCCGCCCUGAUAACUACACAUACGUUAGUAUCUUAAGUAUGUGCUCCAAGUUCUGCGACUUUACGCUUGGAAGUUCUAUUCACGGUGUAAUCACCAAAACAGAUUUCAACCGGGCCGACACAUUUGUUUGCAACGUAUUGAUUGACAUGUAUUGGAAAUGCGGAAGCAUUAGGAGUGCAAUCAAAGUCUUUGAAGAAACAAGAGAGAAGAACCUCAUUACAUGGACGGCAUUGAUUUCGUCUCUUGGCUUCCAUGGAUAUGGACACGAGGCAUUUGAAAAGUUUGAGGAAAUGGUAUCUCUGGGUUUAAAGCCAGACCGUGUCUCUUUCAUCUCUAUGCUAACUGCUUGCAGACAUGGUGGUAUGGUCAAAGAAGGAAUGGAGUUGUUUCGGAAAAUGAAGCAUUAUGGAGUUGAACCCGAAAUGGAUCAUUAUCGUUGUGCCGUUGAUCUUUUGGCUAGAAACGGUUACCUGAAGGAAGCUGAGCAACUGAUUUGUGGAAUGCCUUUCCCUGCAGACGCCCCUGUAUGGCGUACGUUUCUUGAUGGUUGCAAUAGAUUUGCAGCAGAACAGAGUAGCACCCUCUCUGUUCAGUAGUUGUAGAAUUGCAACAG